CGUUGCAUACAAGGACAUCUUAAAUUCAGCAUGUCGUUGUGUAAGCAAUAUAGUAGUAGUUCUCUACAUUUCUUACUUCCUCUCCUUAUUUUGGCCACCACUUCAAAAACCAUAGUAAAUGCACAUAAUCUAUCAAAACAAAAGGCAUCCAAUGAUUCAUUAUCUGCUCCAGCAAUAUACAUUUUUGGGGAUUCAACCGUUGAUCCAGGCAAUAACAACUUCAUAAAAACCCUUUUUCGAAGUAAUUUCCCCCCUUACGGUAUUGAUUUGCCGGAAGAGGCUCCCCCGGGAAGGUUCACCAAUGGAAGGCUUCCCACAGACUUUAUAGCUUCAUAUAUUGGUGUCAAACAAUAUGUCCCUGCUUAUUUGGACCCGAAUCUUAGUUUGGAGGAUCUUACUACCGGAGUAAGCUUUGGUUCAGCGGGUACGGGUUAUGAUCCACUUACAGCAGAAAGAAAUAAAGUAGUUGAUAUGUCGACACAACUACAAUACUUUGAUGAAUACAAGAAAAAACUUCAACGUGUAGUUGGGAAGAAAAGAAUGGAGUACAUCAUUAAGAAUGCAGCAUAUGUGAUUAGUUGCGGAACUAACGAUAUUAUUUACACAUAUGGGCCCGACUUUUUGCCUUUACAGCCUGACAAUGUCGCAAAUUACCAACAGUUUAUGCUUCAACAAUGCAAAUGGUUCUUACAGGCUAUAAUAGAUCGAGGAGCAAGAUUGAUAGGGGUAGUGGGUCUACCGCCAGUGGGUUGUCUACCCAUAAUCAUAACUGCACAUUCUUUAAUACAUCAACCGCGGAGUUGUAUUGAAUCUUUGUCCUCAAUUGCGAUCGGUUACAACCAAAUACUCCAACAUGAAUUGAAAAACAUGCAAGCUUCCCAGCCAUAUACAACUAUUGCUUACGGAGAAAUAUUUGCACCUCUACAAGACCAAAUCGACAAUCCUGAAAAAUAUGGUUUUGAGGUCGUUGAUAGAGGAUGUUGUGGAACCGGAUUAAUUGAAGGAGCAUUCGCAUGUAAUUCCUUGUCACCAAUAUGUGAUGAUCGAUCGAAAUAUUUAUUUUGGGAUGCAGUUCAUCCAACCGAAAGAUCAUACUACUUCCUCUUCGAGGCUCUUCGCCCAAUUGUUGAUUUUAUACUUCACAGAUAGAAAAAUGCAGGCCGUUUUGUGAAAAGAAAGAACAAUAUUUUUGUAAUCUCAUCCCCUUAACUAGUAUCAUGAUACAUAAUUGUGUUUUUUUUUUUUUGACAUCGGCAUGAUACAUAAUUGUUUAUUGUACGUAAUUCACUAAUUGCAUAAUACUACUAUGAAUAAACAACCAAGAGAUCGACACAA